ACAUUAUUUUCGCACAAAUAAAAAGUUCUUUUGUUCUCGAUCUAACGAUGUGUAAAAGUUUCACAAAUACCGGAAGUGCAAUAAUUAAAACAACUUUAUAAUAUCGCAUCAAUUUUUGUCUAGCAUAACAUGUUACUGCUAGCAUUACCGGUUAGCAUUAAAAAGUAGAUCGUUAUGCUCACGAGAUAAAGGUAUGAGAGCAACUACAAAAUGAUCAGCUACUGCUGAUUCCUGCCAGUUUCCUCUCGAAUCUGGCGUAAGACGAUACAGUAAAAGGCUCCCAAGUGCAGUGCGUCAUUCGAAACUUUCGGGUGCUCGACAAUGCUCCCAUCUUUUCUCGUGCCUAUGCUCUGUCAUUUGUAUAUUGUUCGAAGAGGGGACACUAUAUUGCAUCUGACUCUGCUUCCGACCGGUACGUGCUUCUAUUGCUGCCCCAUCCAAUUGAAUCGGGACGUCCAAUUUCUAUUGUAUACCAGGCGGAAUCCAACGUAUCCGAAUGUAUUGGAUUUUAAUGAUGUCACAACGCUGCGAAAGAGUAACUUCGACGAUAAACACCCGACUAUUAUUUACAUUCACGGAUACAGCGACAGUAGUUCAGGAAAAGGUCCCAUUAGUAUACGAAAUGCUUAUCUGCGACGUGGGCACUAUAACGUGAUAUUGAUAAACUGGCCUAAACUAGCAGUCUUACCAUGGUACAUAACAGCAGUGAGAAAUGCCAAAGUUGUCGGACCUUACUUAGCGCACAUGAUAAGUUGGCUCGACGCACAGAAAGCUGUACCUUUAUCCAAAAUUCAUGUGAUCGGCUUCAGUUUGGGCGCGGAAGUUGCUGGUUUUAUGGGAAAAGCUUUGGCACCUCGAAAGAUAGGUAGAAUUACUGGAUUGGACCCGGCUUAUCCGUUGUACAUGAAUACCGGUGAGGACGGUCACUUGACAUGGGCCGAUGCUGUCUUCGUUGAUGUCAUUCAUACUGACGGCGGCAAUUUUGGAUUUCCAAAUCCACUUGGCCAUGUCGAUUUUUACCCGAACGGUGGCGUGAGACGACAGCCCGGCUGUGAUUUGAAGAGUAUCGUUCGCAUGGGCUUCAGGAGACUCAUAAAUCAAUACAUUACCUGUGGACACAAUCGAGCGUGGCGUUAUUACGCGGAAUCAGUGGAGAACCCUUAUGGAUUUCCUGCAAGUCAAUGUCCAAAAUGGCGACCCGGGAUCUUGGCAAAUUGCGUGUGGAAACCUGAGGCUUACAUGGGUUAUGCAGCCGAUACCAAGUAUCGAGGCAAAUUUUAUUUAAGCACGAACUCACGGUCGCCGUACGCCAUGAAUUUGACAAGUCACAAACUUGGCAAAUGAACGUUACCAUACAUUAAUCUUAAUUUGGAUGAACCAGAUUAAGAGGCGAACGAUUUUCGAUCGAUUUUACCAGGAUAAUUAUCUUGGAUAAAGCU